CCCUCGACAAACGAAGCAUAUUUGGCUCAGUUUCUCCACCUCAUCACGCUGAGACUGGAGACAGUGGCGUCUAGUAGUUUCCAGGGCGUCUAUUCGGGGUCGUCUGUCGUACUGGACAUGCUCGGUCCUGUGUUCGCUGCCGAAUUACGACAGCUAGAUUUUCUCACUCGAAUAUCGUGUUUGGGACGUUUGCUAUUUGGCGUGCCGUGUGAUGUUGAACCUUUAUGUGCAACUGAGAGGAACCAAUGCUUCUUGCUCAAGUUACAUGUUCCUCGACGACGUCGCAUUCCCAAGGAACUCGUGCUUCGGCUCGCCAUAAAGGAUGCCUUUUAUCAUAAAGGAAGAGUGCUAGCAGAGGCAUCAGCCAUGAUGUACAUACGCGAGAGAACAGCAAGCAGAGUGCCGAUUUCUCCCAUAUACGGUUGGGCGACGAACGAGGGUCUUCUAGGGUCCGGUUUUCUGAUCCUUGAUCACAUAGUUCACGGAAGGCGGCUCGAUGAGUGUUGGGACGGCCUCCCUCUGGAAACGAAGCACCAAACGAUCCAACACUAUGCUCGAAUAACAUAUGAAAUGUAUCAUCUUACGUUCGAUCGCAUUGGAUCGAUAUGUAUGGACCCAGAAGGCACAUUCAUCAUUGGGCCUAUUCAGGCUGAGAAAUUCGAACCGCCACCGGAAGGAAGAGACGAAGCAUACGAAACCCGGCGUUCUCACAGAAUAUUCCAGCGUGCCAGUGACUGGCUAUCAAGCAUGGAAAUGGAAGAAAACGAGCGUCUCGCCACCUGGCACGAAUACGGACGUGAAACCCUACCGACAGGGAUGAGUUGGCAUGGUGCGACUGACUUGUCUAAUAAUCUCCUGAUGCGGUUUCUGCCGUCCAUCUCAUCGAUUUGCGAAGAAGCUGAGGCAAACGCUCUGAAUGGCCAGUUCUACGUAUACAAUCCCAGCUUGGAUAGCUCUGACAUCUUGAUUGAAACCGAAGGCAGGAAUGCGGGCAAUAUCAUAUCGCUUCUCAGUUGGCAAUAUGCUGGUUCAUACCCUCUGUGGCGUCUUGCCGGGCUUCCUCUCUUUUGCACGACCCGCACCGACCGUCAACCACGACCGUCAAACGAAGUGCUUGACUUUCAUACAACUUUCGUUGGUGAAAUCGCCAAGUUGGCUGGCGUCAGCUCGCCGCUGUAUCGAGCCGCAAGCCUUCGAUGGGACAUCCUUCGCACACUUGCCAAUGUUGUUUCCCAGCCCUGGUACUGCCUUGCUGCACGACAAGCAUGGAUUGAGGAAUUUGAGCGGCAUCAGGAGGAACGAGAGGCCGAAGCCGCCGGAUGGUCCAGUGAAGAAGCCAUGAGUGUAUCCAGUGAUGACUAG